ACAGAUGCACCGCCUUUGAACCCUGCCGUGGCCCCUUUGGCAUGGAUGUUGGGGACCUGGGAGUCAGAUCCCCUUGGGGAGGGGGAGUUUCCAACUAUACCAUCAUUUUGCUACAUGGAGAAAGCGGUCAUUUCACACGUUGGCCAGCCUAUGCUGAAUUUCACGUUUUGUGCCUCCAACCCUGAAACUGGGAAGCCACUGCACAGAGAGUGUGGAUUCAUCCGUGUGAAACCGGGAACCAGCCAGGUUGCAUUUAUAUGCGCCCAAAAUAUAGGUGUUGUGGAGGUGGAAGAAGGGGAAGUGCAGGGGGAACAGCUCACUCUGACCUCACACUCACUCAGCAGAAUGAGCUUUGCCAAGGAGCCUUAUGUGCAGCAGAUUUCCCGCACCUUCCGUCUGACCCCUGAAGGAAAACUAGAACAAACCGUCUCCAUGGCAACCAGCACACAAGCCAUGGCUCCUCACUUACGGGUUACAUACAAGAAAGUGACCUCAUAA